AUGGCUCCCACGGCGGUUGAGGAGGGUAUUGUCCAGCAGUUGGUCAAUGCUGACAAGGUGCGAUGGUGGAACAAGCCCAACCUGAGGACGCUGUACCUCCUACUUGUGCCGUUCUGUCUCUUCAUUGAGUCAACGUCUGGCUUUGACUCGUCGAUGAUGAACGGUAUGCAAGCACUGGUUUAUUGGAAAGAGUACUUCAAUAAUCCUGAGGGCGGUAUGCUGGGCCUAUUGGUCGCGUGCUACAAUCUGGGCGCUUUGACAUCGAUUCCAUUUGUCUCUAUCGUAUCGGACCAUGUUGGUAGGAGAUGGAGUAUUGUGUUCGGAUCAGUCAUUAUGAUCAUUGGUUCGAUCAUGCAGGGACUGUCUCAAAACCUGGCCAUGUUCAUUUUCUCGCGCAUCUUCCUCGGCCAUGGUAUCGUCUACGCUAUCAUCGCAGGUGCCGCCCUCCUCGGUGAGCUGGGUCAUCCCAAGGAGCGUGCUUUCUUGGGCUCCAUGUUUAACGCCUUUUAUGGUGUCGGAGCUGUCCUCGGCGCAGGCAUUGUCGUCCGCACGAUCAACAUCCAGAACGACUGGUCCUGGCGUCUUCCUAGUAUGCUGCAAGCUCUUCCGUCCCUCCUUCAGAUUGCUUUCGCUUUCACCGUCCCCGAAAGCCCACGUUGGCUCGUUUCCAAGGACCGAUCUGAGGAGGCUCUCCAGAUCUUGAUCAAGUACCACGCCGAAGGCGACGCCUCUAACGAGUUGCCACACAUUGAACUUGCCGAAAUUCAAAAGGCGCUCGAGAUCGAAAACGAGUCCCGUAAGCGCGGAUGGAUGGAGCUAUUCCAGACCGCGGGUAUGCGCCGCCGCUCCCUCGUCUCCGGCGCUCUCGGAAUGUUUGUACAAUUCUCCGGAAACUCGCUUAUUUCACAGUAUCUGGUUCCUAUUCUUGAGAUGAUUGGUGUCACAGAUAGGCAGCAACAAGUGCGCUACAAUGUCGGCAAGGAAGCGUGGGGUCUCAUCGUCGGCAUUGUGCUCGCUGGUAUUACGCCCAGGUACCCACGUAGGCGCAUGUACCUGCUCUGCGCGUCCUGUCUCUUACUAUGCUACACCGGAUGGACUGUGGCCCAGGCUCGUAACCGCAUCACUGGGUCGGUCGAGUCUGGCUACGCAGUUUUGGUGUUCAUAUUUUUGUACAGUCCGGCCUAUUGUCUCGGAUACAACGCAUUGACGUACGUGUACAUGGUCGAGAUCUUCCCGUACUAUGUACGUACGAAGGGCUUGAGUUGGUUCCAGCUAUGGAGCAGGUCUGCAGUCAUGUUCAGCAGCUUUGUCAAUCCGAUAGGCCUGAAGGAUAUUGGCUGGAAAUAUCUCUUGGUGUACGUGUGCUGGCUGUGCUUCGAGGUCGUCUUCAUCUAUUUCUUCUUCCCCGAGACAUUUGGCAAGACUUUGGAAGAAUUGACCUUCUUGUUCGAUGACGAAGCAGACGCAAAGCAGGCACUCGCAGCUACAGCAGAGAAGGUGCUGAAUGAUCCGACUGUUACCGAGAUCCACGAGUCGGCAGAGAAGAAGGCUUAG